CUAAUUUCAAAUCUUGCAAAUUAUUAACAUAAUUAAAAAUGAAGAGUCGGAAAGAAAAGAAUACCUACAAGCUCAGGCCAGCUCUCAAGGACAAAUUCAGGCCGUCAGAGUUUAGACCGAGGAUCGAUGAAAUCUGUCGGGAGAAAUUAGAUGACCUAGUCACCUUUGACAACACCCUAGCUCAGGAGUUAGGUCAAGAAAUAGCAACAGAAAUUAAACAAGAGCUUAAAGACCUCGGUAAAGAUCCUAAUUACCGAUUCUGAGUCAGCAGUAUAGUUGGUGAAAAGAAGGGGCAAGGAGUGCAAGCUGGUACCAAUUGUGCUUGGGAUCUUGACACCGAUAGCUGAACUUCCCACUGAUAUUCAUCAGAAAUUCUGUUCUGCUUCGUCCUUAUUUUCACAACAUACAGGUAUCCCACGAUGGAUAAAGAGUAAUAAUUUAAAUUUCAACUCUUCC